AUGGAGUACUUCGACGAGAGGAGCAAGACCAAGUACGUGCCCCACGUCAUCGAGCCGUCGCUGGGGGUGGACCGCCUCUUCCUGGCGGUGAUGGUGUCUGCGUACCACGAGGACGAGGUCGGAGGAGACAAGCGCACGCUACUUCGCUUCCACCCACGAAUGGCGCCCAUCAAGGUGGCGGUGUUCCCCCUGGUGAAGAACAAGCCUGAGCUGAUGGAGAAGGCCAGGGGGAUCUACGAGACGAUUCGGCUGAGACACAACGCCUUCUGGGAUGUCUCCGGGGCCAUCGGUCGAAGGUACCGCCGAAUGGACGAAGCCGGAACUCCCUUCUGCGUUACGGUCGACUUCGAAACGCUCGAGGGAGACGGAACCGUAACCGUGAGAGAGAGGGACAGCACCGAGCAGACGAGAGUGCCGGCCGACGAGUUGCUCGGAUUCUUGUCCAAGGCGAUAAACGGUUACUAA